AUGGCAACGGGUGCGUUGCGCUUCCACGGAGGGGUUUCGUCGCAGCAUGAUAAGAGAAAGAGAGAGAGGGCGAGAAAAGGCAGAGGGAGAGAGGGCGAGAGAAAGGCGAGGCGCGGUGCGCGGAACACCUUCGAUCGACCCUCGCGAGAGAGGAAUAAGCUCGUACUGCGACAGAGUUUGGUCAGUCGGUCGGUGUUGUUGCCAGCUGCCGCAUCGUGUUAAGUUUCUUCAGGGUCUCGCGACAAACACGCAGCCGGUGGUACCUCAUGAUCACACCCUUUUUUCUUUCCUUUUUUUCUCUCUACCCUCGUUUUUCUAUCUUAUCUCUCUCAUCGCGAACAAUCAAUUUUUGCCGCGAGAUAAACUGCGGGCUCGAAGAAUUUGAGAGAUAACACUUUCUGUCAAAAUCCCGCACAUACUCCUCUCCCCCGUCGAAGAAGAGGGGGAACACAUGUGCGUACGGUGGAGCGGCGCACGAGGGAUGAUGUGAGGCGGACGAUCGCGACGCGAUACAGUAUGAAGGCAACAUGUUUCUGCUACUGUCAGUGCUGUCAGAGCGGAGGUUGCUGCAAUAGCCGGACGUUCUCCAACCAUUCUGAAAGAUCACCUAUUGAUACGUGCACGUCCAACUUUUCUGAAGCAACCAUCCCGCGGAUCAUGAGGAGAUCUUCCAUCAAGACACUCACGUGGACGUUCUACUUGUCCACCCUAUUAUUUCUACCGGCGAGAACAAGUGCCCUGGAAGAGAACUGCACGGAUUUUCAGGGCGGUACUGUCAGACACGGCCUCCUCUACGUGCCAGGACCUGCGGUCUGCAGCCUCUGCGUAUGUUAUCAUUCCGAGCCGAUGUGGUGCCGGGCCAUUUACUGUACACCACCGUUUAAAUGCAAGAAGUUUCGCGUAGGCGAACGCUGCUGCGAAUUUGAGUGCCUCGACGACAGCGAUGACUGGAGUGGCCCGGACGUGUACGACGUAUACGCCAUGGCAUCAUCGGUCCAGAAACAGAGUCCCGUCGUCUGUCUGUUCGGACUGGUCGCACUACUGAUGAUGCCCUAGUUACGACCUGACGGGAUCCGCGGUCAUCGUAGCGGUCAACCUUGCCCUCGUCAGGAGAAUUCGUCCGUUAGUGAUAUCAGUGAUACGACGAUGAUGACGAUAAAAUUGUGCACGAGAAAAUUCCGAGACAGGUUUGACUCUGACUAUGUAGCGUUUUGACGAACGGCACAUCCCUCGCCUGUCGUAAUUACGUCGUUCGACUUUAGAAUAACAUUGAAAUAAAGAAAUCGAGAACUGAUGUUCUUUUACCGAAUCGAUAUAAUUAAAUUUAAGAUCGAAUCACUUUAUAAAUAACCGCAGAGAGACGCGAUCACGCAGCUCUCUUUUAAUUCAUAAACAAUAAAUAAUAUAACGCGCUGAAAUCAUUACGCGAAUAAUAGUAAAAUUGUUAUUUUAUCUCGCACACUAUCAUAUAUCAAUUAAUUUUUUUCAUAACUUUUUUAAAAGCAAUAUUUAAAAACCAUCAAAUUGUCAGGCGAAAAUCUAUAUUAGUCAAGUUUAAAGCGAACGUGUGUGGUAAAGCCUAAUUUUUCUCGAUUUUUUUAAUUUUGAAGCCCACUUUCUCAUAUUUUUCCACUUUUUCAAAUUCGAUACGAUAAUAUUCAUCGGGCCGGCUCGAUAUCGAAGUUAAAAUCUACUUCGAAUACAUAUCAAUGAAUGAUGUACGUGACUCUACUGGUCUCAUCCAACAUUUAAAUGUCAACUGUCAUUUACGAGGCUUGAUAUCAUUUCGAAGUAAAAUACAGCGUUUUUUGUCGGAGAUAACAUAAUAAAAUGCAUAUAAACAAAAUGUCAAAAAACUUAUAUUCAGCGCUUAAUUCGAUCAGGCUCCUUCGGCUUAAUCGGUAUCGAUUCUCGAGAACGAUCGUAAUCGCGGACAGUGUGUAUGCGUCGUCAUCAAAAUCAGCAAGAACACUCAAAUAUCCCAUCCUCGUCUUUGGUAAUACUCUUGAUGGACGGUAACAAUUGAAGCAGACUGAAACCGAUCGAGACCUCGCGUGCACGCAUACGUUUGUGUGCGUGUGUAUUUGUUGUGUGCAUGUGUAUAUAUGUAUGUGUGCGUGCGCGUAUGGUCAAAAAUUUUUAUUUUUCCAUUGUCGCGAAACGUGCAAUAUAAUAACGCGAACGUGUCGGGCAGAGAGAUUAGAGCGUGGAGAUAUACAAGUCCGUCAUCAACAAGCGUCGGGAAGCUUUGUCGAGUGUAUGAUAUCCUCUUUGUUAACGAGACUCGUUUCGAUCUCCAAUUUAGUCGAUUUCACCGUUCGUUCGUUCGUUUUACUUUGCCAGAUUCGUCGAUGAAUGAGCACUUUUUUAAAAAAAUAUCUCCCGCCUCUUUAUAAUUGAAAUGAAUAAUAAAAUUGAGAAAUCUCGUAUGAUAAAAUAAUAUCCCGCGUAUCCUUUAUUUCGCUUACGUUUCGUUCGCAAUUGUGUCUUCAGCAUAUUUUCCCCAUAUUUUUAAUUUAAUUCAUACAUGAAGAAAAAGCUUUUCACACUAAAAGAUAAAUCAUUUGGGAUCGAGUCCAAUAGUUCGUUUAUCCUACAUGAUUUUGUUAAGAUAUCGAUUUUAAAUAAUUUUUGUUUGUGUACAUAUUAUACUAUACAUAAAUUGUGCAACGGUAGCCGAUGCGAGAUAUUUAUUUGGUUGCUUAUCAUAUUUCAAUUAUAACGAUAAAAAUGCAAUCUUGUUGACAUUUUAGCGAUGAGAUUUUAAAUGUAUUGCAUCUCACGAUAACAUACUCUUCUAUAUCUGCAGAUUGCAAAACAACGAUUAUUUUCGUAUCAAUUAAUGCUCAACCAUCAAUUAAUUGCUAGUCGUGUGAUAUUUCCAAGCGACAGUGAUUAUAAUAAACAUCUGGAUUUUCAUAUGAUAACAAGCUAAUUUAUUAGAAUUAUAAUUAAUAUAAUUCGGUUUGUGCGCCCACGCAACUAAUUGGAUCGAUGAGAAAGCUGAAGCUUAAAUUAUUAACACGAGCAAUUUAAUAUUCAAAAUAAUCUGACAAUUGGUAUCAGUAAUAUUACAUUAAAAUUAUUUUAGAAUCUAUUUUAUAAAACUUAUCGGAAACAAUCUGAUAAAAAGUUGAUUAGAUUUUAACGAAAUGUGAAACGUAUUUUAUUAGUACCGACACCGGCGAUAAAUCUGAGCAAAACACAUGGGGCCACACGAGUAGUAUAACGUACACAAACGUAUUUUCUUGGUUUCCUUAUGGAGAAAUGUGAGAAUGAUAAACAUGGUGCUAAGUCAUUCCUCGUUAAAGAGAGUGAUGCUGUAUAUUACAUGACAUUCGCGAAUUUUUCCGAUAUUUGCGACACUGUAUUUUAAUAUUUGUGCACGUAUGCUUGCCUGUGAUAUAUUUUUACGGCAUUUCAUUACUAUUCUUGCCUUUGGAUUACUAAUCGCUUCGCGAAUCUCGAAGGCUUCGAUUAAUGCUGCGGAUGUUUCUAACAAAAACAGAUCUUUUUUUAAAUUUUGAAGGAAGAAGAACGAGAUCGCGUAUAAUAUUGCAUAAAGAUGACGACGGUAAUAAUUAAUAAAAUAAUAUAUUGAUUAAUGUUAUAUUUAUAUAUAAUCGAUUAAUUAUGCGAAAACUCUAUUUGCUGUAUACAUAAAAAAAAAAUAUUACAAAAAA